CCCCAGCAGGGCAUCCUGACGCGGUUGAGGACCUCCAAUCACGGAGGUCCCCUCUGCUACCCAGCAUGUCCCAGAGACAUUCUGACAGCUCUCUGGACGAUAAACUGUUGGAAUAUCGUUUCCAUGCAGAGCUGCAACUCGAUGCCAAUGGGAACCCUAUGCCGAGGCUCCCCAUGGUUCGUAACUCCUUGAGAGACAAGACCAAUGCUGCCUUUGAGCCAGAGGCCUCCGGACCCCUGCAGGUGCCCCCAAAAGAUGAGGAGCCACAACCCAUCAUCCUUAGCACUCAGAGCCCCGCGGCACUCAAGAUGGGCACCCAGCAACUCAUCCCUAAGAGUUUGGCUGUGGCCAGCAAGGCCAAAACCAAGUCCCCAGCCCGCCACCAGAGCUUUGGGGCAGCUGUGCUCAGCAAGGAGGCCGCUCGGCGGGAUCCUCGGCUCCGCUCAGCCCCCAGCUUCUCCUUGGAUGACAUGGAUAUGGACACGGGCCCUGGUGUGAAUCUGAAGCGAAACAUAAGGAACCAGUCCUACCGAGCCGCCAUGAAGGGCCUUGGGUCACCCAGCAGCAAAGGGGACUCAGUCCAGCUCAGCCCCAAGCUCCAGGCCCUCACUGAGGAGGCUGCUCAGCCUCCCGCUCGGUCCCCAGCCAAAAAUAAGAAAACUCUGGGACGGAAACGUGCACACAAGGGCUCCUUCAAAGACGACCCCCAGCUGUACCAGGAGAUCCGAGAGCGGGGUCUCAAUACCAGUCAUGAGUCUGACGAUGACAUACUCGACGAGCCCUCCGGCCCGGAGGGAGCUCAGAAAGCGGACACCACCAUUGUGGUCAAGAGCUAUCGGCCUGCCCAGCUCACCUGGAGCCAGCUCCCAGAGGUGUUGGAGUCAGGUGUCCUGGACACACUGUCGGUGGAAGAACGUAAGAGGCAGGAGGCCAUCUUCGAGAUCCUCACAUCUGAGUUCUCCUAUCUGCACAGCCUGAGCAUCCUGGUGGCCGAGUUCCUGCAGUCCAGGGAGCUGAGGGCCACUAUGACACAGACAGAACACCACCACCUCUUCUCCAACAUCGUGGACGUGCUGGCCGCCAGUCAGAAGUUCUUCGAAGCUCUGGAACAGCGGCACAAGGCCCAGGUGUGUGUGGAGGACAUCAGCGACAUCCUGGAGGACCAUGCCGAGAACCACUUCCACCCUUACAUCGCCUACUGCUCCAACGAGGUCUACCAGCAGCGCACCCUGCAGAAGCUGUCGAGCAGCAAUACAGCCUUCCGAGAAGCGCUAAGGGAGAUUGAGAAAAGGCCCGCGUGCGGGGGCCUGCCCAUGAUCUCCUUCCUGAUUCUCCCCAUGCAGAGGGUGACCCGGCUGCCGCUCCUGACAGAUACACUCUGCCUGAAGACACAGAGCCACCCUGAGAGGUACAAAGCCGCCAGCCGUGCCCUGAAGGCCAUCAGCAAGCUGGUGAAGCAGUGCAAUGAGGGGGCCCACAAGAUGGAGCGCACGGAGCAGAUGUACACGCUGCACACGCAGCUGGAUUUUGGUAAGGUCAAGUCCCUGCCACUCAUCUCUGCCUCUCGCUGGCUGCUCAAGCGUGGAGAACUCUUCCUCAUGGAGGAAUCCAGUAUCUUCCGGAAAAUCGCCAGCCGGCCCACGUGCUACUUGUUCCUGUUCAACGACGUCCUGGUUGUCACCAAGAAGAAAAGUGAGGAGAGCUACCUGGUCCAAGACUAUGCACAGCUCGAGCAUGUGCAGGUCAGGAAGCUGGAGGCCUCGGAGCCCUCACUGCCAGCAGGCAGCAGCCGCAGUUCCUCCGUGCCCCACCCCUUCCAGGUGAACCUGCUACGUAACAGCGAGGGCCGCCAGGAGCAGAUUCUGCUGUCCUCUGACUCCGCGAAUGACCGGGCCCGGUGGAUCACAGCCCUCACCUACAAGGAGAGGCAGUGGCAGGGCAUCACCAACAAAGGAGAGCUGCCCCAGGUGGAGAUCACCAAGGCAUACUUUGCCAAGCAGGCUGAUGAGAUCACGCUGCAGCAGGCCGACGUUGUCCUGGUCCUGCAGGAAGAGGACGGCUGGCUACACGGCGAGAGGCUUCGGGACGGAGAAACGGGCUGGUUUCCUGAGAGCUUCUCACGCUGUAUCACCAGCCGGGUGGCGGUGGAAGGCAAUGUGCGCAGGAUGGAGCGGCUACGGGUGGAGACAGACGUGUAGCUGCAGAGCUCAAAGGCAGCCGCGGUGGACACGGCUUCAGUCCUUCAACCAGCAAGGGUCUCCGCCCUCCAGGACGUGGGAGAGGUUUGUUCCUUGGGCCUCCCCACAGCCUCACGGUUACGAGCAGAACACAGGACAUCUAUCCAUACCUGACACUUGAUCUCUCGGAAGGCUUUGAGGCAAGCUCCAUGGCCCACAUUCUGGUAGAAGCCCAGCCUGGCCUCUCACUGGCCAUCCCUCUCCUAGUUUCUGGCCACCUGAGCUGCACCCAGGCUAAGAGUGGCACAGGACUGUGGUCUUCAUUGAGGACAACACAGGGCCGCCUCCCAGAUAACCCCCCCCCCCAAGUGAGACAGGAAGGGCCCGUGUUCUGAGAGGAGCAGCAGGGAUGUUAUAUAUUGUGAUAGAGGUUUUAAACAGCAUUAAAGUAUUUCUUUAAAACUUAGGUUUACACCUGAGCCUAGGUCACAGCCACUUAUUGCACUGAAAUCCCAAGGUCUAAUAGGUGUAUGGAGACUGGCCUCAGGUCUCUCCUUAGCUCUGACCCAUCUGUCUACCAGAGUGUCACAAGUCUGUGGCUCCUGCUUGUGUAUUCAUGAAUGGUAAUAGCUGAACCUUGCAGGGCUUACCCUGGCCUCAGACACAGUAGGGACACUCUGGUAUGGUGAUCCCAGUCCCUGCAGAGGCCUCCCUCUCGGGGACCUACAGGCCCAAAAGGCAGCCUCUGUGCUGACUAGGGCCGGGCUAGCUCUCUCCAACAGCCCCCUCAGCCUGGUCCUGAAACCCCAUGGUUUUCUCUGCUUGGCUGGUGCUAGAUUGGGGGUGGAACACCCAGCAUGCAGUGUAGCAAUGUGCCCCGUUCCGCUGUGCUCAGCCUUGCUACAGAAGUGACAGAUACAGGUGACUCUCCACUAGGUUCAGAAGCACAAAUAGCAAUGCCCUCCCAUCCUAGGCCUGUCUAGACAGGCUAGGGCCAGCUGCACCCUGUGGCUUCCAUGACAGGGCCAAAUCUGGGCUCAGCCUGACACCAGUCCUCACCAGGGUGAACACUCACCCAUGUUUGGCUGCUUUGGACGGAGGGCCAGGUCAGAGUUCAGGGAGGAGGCAUGGCCUGGGUGGACUGUCUGAGGUAGGGCCUAGUACCUCCUUCUGCCUGAAAGAGAUAAACAUCUCCAUCUUCCUCACCCUAACGCUUCCCUUUCUCGGAGCUGCCGGGGUGUGAAGAGGCAGCAAUCUGGGGGCCAUGGAGUGGUGUACACAUGCAGUUUCUGUGUGUGCACGGAUGUGUGCCUGUGGCAGAAGUGCCUUGAUGUAAACCCACUGCCCCAUGGGCUCGGGUUUAUUCCCACUUCUGAUCCUCUGAGGAGCGGACCAGUUCACCACCAAGCACGCUCGGUCGCUAGAACGAGGUGGAACCGGAAGGCUGUGAAGCUCUGACUCGGGACACCUGGGACACAGGUGACCCCACAGUCCUGACUCAUUUGCAAGUGAUGAAAGCCAAGGAACAAGGAUACUGCAGUGCCCGGGGGAGGAUGGACAUCACACACCGAAAGAGGUCAUUUGGUACAGGACCAGGUCAGGAAACCUCCCCCACUGACAGAAGCGUAGGGUUCUCAGUGAGGGUUGGGGGUUCCAAGCCAGCCCCGCUCCCCAGCUGCAGAAGGCCCAUCCUUUGUUGGCACAUUUCUGUGCCCCCCUCCAAUAACAGGGAUCAUGCGGGGUACCCUGCCCAUCCCCCUCAGCUGGGGAGACUCAAUCCGCCCCUCCUGCCCACCUGGACUGCAGAGAGAGGCCUUCC